CAGUCCGGUCCCGGUUAUUCCGUCAUGGCGGCUCUCAGCAAGCUGCCGCACAACUGCUACGAGAUCGGCCACACCUGGGACCCGUCCUGCCUGCAGGCCGCCCUGGACGUGACGAAGAGCGCUCUGGAGGUUUCCCUGAAGAUCUACGCUCCUCUUUACCUGAUAGCGGCGCUUCUGCGGAGAAGGAAGAAAGAUUACUAUUUAAAGAGGAUUGUUCCGGAGAUCCUGUGGUCGUCCUCUUUCCUCACCGCCAAUGGAGGCCUGUACAUCGUUUUCUUCUGUGUUCUCAGGAAACUCUUGGGGGGGUUCAACUCCUGGUCUCCGGGGUUCGGGGCGGCGCUGCCGGCCUCCUACAUCGCCAUCCUCCUGGAGCGGAAGAGCAGGAGAGGGCUGCUGACCAUAUACAUGGCAAACCUGGCCAGCGAGACGCUGUUCCGGAUGGCUGUGACGCGAGGAUUCAUCAAACCCAUCAGAAACGGCGAGGUGCUCCUGUUCUGCAUAACCUCGUCGCUCUUCAUGUUCCUCUUCAGGAGUAACAACGGUCUCAAGGGCUUUGCCUUUUCUGCGUUAAAAUUCAUCAUCGGUAAAGAAGAGCUCCCCUCUCAUUCCGCUGACCCUGCCGGCCCCCGCCCCCCCGAGUCCAGAGCAGCCGUGGAGCCGGACAGUUCUCACCAAAGAUCCAGGAGGAGGAACCUGGUGGCCUACACGAAGGGGCUGCUGGAAUCAGUAUGCCGACACGGUCCAAGACACAGAUGCUGUAAACAUUACCAGGACAACUGCAUUUCCUACUGUGUCAAAGGCUUCGUCCGGAUGUUCAGCAUCGGCUAUCUCAUCCAGUGUUGCAUCAAAGUUCCCUCGGCCUUCAGGCAGAUGUUUUCCAAACCCUCGCGACUCCCGUCCAUCUUCUACAACAAAGAGAACUUCCAGCUCGGGGUGUUUCUCGGCUCCUUCGUCAGUAUUUAUAAGGGAACAAGCUGCUUGUUGCGGUGGAUGCGUAACAUUGACGACGAACUCCAUGCGUUGAUAGCAGGCUUCCUGGCCGGCGUCUCCAUGUUCUUCUACAAAAGCACCACUAUCACCAUGUAUCUCUUCUCCAAGCUGGUGGAGACCAUGUACUUUAAAGGCAUCGAGGCCGGCCGGUUCCCGUACUUCCCCCACGCAGACACCGUCAUCUACGCCAUCUCCACCGCCAUCUGCUUCCAGGCCGCGGUGAUGGAGGUGCAGAACCUCCGGCCUUCCUACUGGAAGUUCCUUCUGCGUCUGACCAAGGGCAGGUUUGCUCUGAUGAACCGGGAGCUGCUGGACGUGUUUGGAACUCAGGCCUCCAGGGACUUUAAAGGCUUCGUGCCCAAACUGGACCCCCGUUUCACCUCAGUGCUCCGAGCGACGCUCCCCCCGGGGGGAGACGUCCCGCUGGGCUAGCUCGGCCUCCCAGGGGGCUCUGCGGUUCCCUCAGGUGGAGACGCACGGCCGGGCGGGCGGUCCCCGAGCGUCUUCACAGGUGUAGCUGCUCAGAAAGCCUGUGCCUGUUAGGGGAGGUGGAUGUCACAAAAACCUCAAAUCUAUCCAGCGGACCGCGGAGAUGCACCAGCCCACUCGCUGGAAAAGACUGACAAAUUCCUGGUAACUUGUAAACAAUGUAGAUUAAUGUAUAAUUUAAAUCAAAGAAAAUCUUUAUUAAAAUUUUAAAAGAUGGAUCACGCCUCGUAAAAUCUGGAAAAA